UGUUUCUUACCAAUGGCACUGGACACUCAGAAAGUACCAGGUCAAUUUACACCCGUUAUAUCAGAUGAAAGCUAUUACAUCAGCUCGAUACGUAAUAUGGGUGGAGGUACUGCAGCUUUCAUUGAUAGUUUUAUUUCAGUCAACACAAUUCCCAUACUAUUAGCUAUUUUAAUAGUUCUGCUAUUGGAAUUAGCUGUCAUCAAACGCUUCAACAUUGAAUCGAUUGUCAAUGCUAUCUAUCAAUCAUUUGGUACUUCAUUUUAUCAGAACUUAUCUCGACAUUCAGUAUGGUUCUGUCUCAUUCUAAUGAUUAUCUUAAUGUUUCCUGUUUUCAUUUUCAAUGCUUCAUUCAACACCCAAACUAUUGUCGGGACUAAUGAUGUUAAAAUUGAUACAUUGAGAGAUGUCAUCACUUAUAACAAGAUACCAUUCUUUUUCGAGGGCAUGUCUAUGUUCGACUUGUUCAAAGCUAAAGUAAAUAAAGAUUAUGCUGAUAUUUAUGAGCGUUCAAAAUCAAAGGGAUUUGAUAAACCGCACCAACUUGGACUAAUUCCUGUUUUCAGACCUGCUGACAGAAUGCUCACCUUCGUCUCUACUCUAGGUAUAAAGCUGGCUCCUCUGGGAGCGUCCGAAGUACUUGAGGCCAACCAGGCUCAUUAUUUUUCAGAAAGGCCCUUUCACAGGUCUGUACAAGCUUUGCUGUUGGGCUUCAAAACUCCUAAAUCAAUAAAGAGAAGAAUUCAUUUUAUAACCCAAAGGAUAGCUCAAGCUGGAAUCGCUAAAAAAGUAGAAGCUGAUGUCUACGUUGAAUUUAUAUUGAACGUUUAUCCAGCAAGCUUAUUCGACAUUCACAAAUCGGAAAUUCCACGAAAUUCACUCGAAGUUAACUGGAAAGCUCUAAAUUACAGUACAUUUUGUGAAAUAUUUUAUGGAUACAUUUCAUUGUUAGCCUUG